AUGGCGGACACCCUGUUCGGCUACAGCAUCCCCUUCCCUACCUACGACCUGUACGUGGCUAUCACCGCCGUGGCGCUGUACAUCCCGAGCAUCAUUCUUACCACACCAGAGGCAUUCGGCCGGAGGGUGCAGGCGAGCCGUGCGGCAGGCUCGGAUCUGCCCCCCGCCGUCGGCAUCGACGGCGUCCAGUACCUGCAUGUGAAGGUCGGGGACCUGCUCUGGGUGGCCACCACCCGGGUUAACCUGUCCCCCUCCCUGGUGUCCGAACUGCUCCUCCGCAUCACCGUCAUCUGCCGCGACUACUUUGGCCAGGUCACGGAGGAGUGCGUGCGGCGCAACCUCCCCCUCGUCUACGAGCUGCUGGACGAGGUGAUGGACUACGGCUUCCCCCAAAACUCCUCCACCGAGCGCCUGAAGCAGUUUAUCGCCAUCCAGCCCCAGGCGGCGCGCAGCCUGCCCCCCGGCGUCACCGGCGUGGCGGGGGGAGAGGCCUUUGACCGCCCCGCCGAGGUCAUCAAGUCGGUGCUGGACACGUCCCGCACAGGCCCCGUCAAGGACGAGAUCUUCGUGGACAUCGUGGAGCGGCUGACGGCUACCUUUGACGCCACGGGGCGCCAGAAGUCGAGCUCCAUCACUGGCGCGGUGCAGAUCAAGUCUUACCUGUCUGGCAACCCGCCCAUCCAGCUGGGCCUGAACGAGGACCUGAUCAUCCGCGGGCGAGAGGGCGGCCCUGCCUCCCACGCCUCCUCCGACGCGGUGGUGCUGGAGACCUGCUCCCUGCACCAGGCGGUGGACCCGCGCCGCCUGGACACCGACCGCGUCCUGGAGCUGGUGCCCCCCAACGGGCACUUUGCGGCCAUGAACUACCGGUCGACGCGCAGCUUCCGGCCGCCCUUCCGGGUCUACCCGCUCAUGGAGGACGAUGCGGUGGCCCCCGACAAGCUGACGCUGUAUGUGCGGCUGCGGGCGGAGUUCCCGCCGAGCAAGACGGCCACUGGCGUGGAGCUCAGGCUGCCCCUGCCGCGCAGCGUCCAGCGUGUGCACGUCGAGACGGACGGGGCGCGGCCUGCCACGCUGGGGCUGCCGAGCAAGACCCACUUUGCGCAGGGGGCGGAGUGGGUGGAGCGGGACAGGGUGCUCGUCUGGAACCUGAAGCACCUGCGUGGCAGCCAGGAGCACACGCUGAGGGCUCGCCUGACGGUGGAUGCGGGGAGCGUGGAGGCUGUGAAACGCGAUUAUGGCCCCAUCACUGUGCAGUUUGUCCUCCCAGGAAAGCCUUCAGCAUCGGGGCUGGAUGUCCGGUACAUGAAGAUCCUGAAGCAAGAGAAAAACUACAACCCAGCCCGCUGGUUCAGGGUGGUGGCAGUCGCCAACUCAUACCAGAUCAGGCCGCACUGGUUGUGA